CCGCUGUGCGCACGCGCCGCCGCACCCCGGGGGCUCUCGGGCACCCGCGCGGCGCCCGUUGGCCUUCCCGCCGCUCGCCGGGGGCGCGCGCUGCCGCGCCUGCGGCCCCGACCCCCUAGGCCCGCCCCCGCGGCCGCCGCGGACAACGGCCAGCGUCCCGGGCGCGGCGGGCCAUGGAGGCCCUGCGGUGGGCCCACGAGGCCGCGCUCCGCCUGCUGCUGUGCCGGCCCUGGGCCUCGCGCGCCGCCGCCCGCCCCAAGCCGCGCGCCUCGGAGGUGCUGACGCGGCACCUGCUGCAGCGGCGCCUGCCGCACUGGACCUCCUUCUGCGUGCCCUACAGCGCCGUCCGCAACGACCAGUUCGGCCUCUCGCACUUCAACUGGCCGGUGCAGGGCGCCAACUACCACGUCCUGCGCACCGGCUGCUUCCCCUUCAUCAAGUACCACUGCUCCAAGGCGCCCUGGCAGGACCUGGCCCGGCAGAACCGCUUCUUCACGGCGCUCAAGGUCGUCAAUCUCGGUAUUCCAACUUUAUUAUAUGGACUUGGCUCCUGGUUAUUUGCCAGAGUCACAGAGACUGUGCAUACCAGUUAUGGACCCAUAACAGUUUAUUUUCUCAAUAAAGAAGAUGAAGGUGCCAUGUAUUAAAAGUGUGCAUCAAAGAACAUAAAUAUCAGUGGAUUUUCUCUGUGUGUAUAUGCAGUAUUUAUUUUUGAUCCUUUAAAAUAAAACUUUUGCAAAUACUUUU